UCAUCUACAUAUAUAAUUUACGUGUUUGGAAAAAGUGGUGUUUAUCCCAAUGAUUUGUUAUAAAUUAACCUUUACCUGUAAAUAAAGUGGCUAUCCUUUUGUUUGGCUCACAGCAAACUAAAGAGGAGGCAAAUUAAAAUGACCUUAUCAGAAUACACGCAUUUAAAACAACAGAUUGUUCUUAAUUUAGGGAAAAGUGAUAACCGCCACCUGUUGCUCAAGUUAAAAGAGUUUUAUAAAGACGAUAUAGAUUCCGAGCGUAAAUACGAACAGGUGAACACUAUAGGUCAGUUAUUGAAAAUUCUAGAAAUCAGAGAUGUUCUUUCUGAAGACGAUAUUGGACCUUUAAAAGAAAUUGCACGAAGACUAAAUAACAAUGAACUUCUACAGAGAAUAUCUGACUAUGAAAUUAGUCAUGUUCCUAGAGAAUAUGUUAAUUACUAUGCCCUUGAAAACAAGCUACCCGCUUUUAACAAGGAGAAAACAGAAACUGGUGUAAACAAUCAGUUUUUUAUACCUCAAGAUAAAACACAAAGAAUUAAGGAUACAAUCAUAGAGGAAAUUGGAAGAUAUUGGCGUGAUCUAGCUAGGAAUCUCAAAAUACGAGAAAUUGUUAUUGAAGAUAUUGACAGUAAACAUCAAGCAUUAAGUGAAAAGGCGAAAGAUAUACUUGACACAUAUUUUGAACGCUGUGAUAAACAAAGAUGGUUCUACACAUUAUGUGAAGCUUUAGAGAAAUCACGCAGAAAGGAUUUGUGCAGAUCUAUUCAAGAAAUCAUGGUUAUGAAUAUAUAAUUCCCAAACCAUUUACCUCGUAAUAUAAAACCUAUAUAGUAAUUUUAUGAAAAAUAGGUUUUUGUUUGAGAAUAAAUUUCUAUAGUGAA